GGUUUCUGUGUUGCAAUCACUACGCCAUCCCGGCCCAUCAUGUGGACCAUCUCAAAUAACAUAUAUACUACUGGCCCAUCCACAAUUUAUUGUUUUCUUAUUUGUUCUACACGAUUUAACAUCUAAGCUUUUUGUUAUCGCAAACGCAAUGGCCGACCAAUUCAGCACCCCACUUGAGCUGCCACUCAGCGGAGAAAGUCUCACAGCUAUCAACGCCCACCUCUCCCAGCUUUCUCCACAAGACAUCCUCAUAUGGGCACUCACGCACCUCCCUGCCCUCUACCAGACCACAGCUUUUGGUCUCACCGGGCUCGUCGCCCUCGAUAUGCUUUCCAAGUCUGGUCACCCAAUCCCGAAGCUUAUUUUUCUAGACACGCUGUAUCACUUUGCGGAAACAUAUGAGCUCGUGCAGGAGGUGCGGGAACGUUAUGCUGUCGACAUAAAGGUGUACAAGCCCGAGGGAUGCAAGACCAUUGGAGAUUUUGAAAAGAAACACGGCGAAGAAUUGUGGCAGAAAGACGAAGACAUAUACGAUUUUGCGGUCAAGGUUGAACCCGCCCAGCGCGCGUACCAGGAGCUUGGCGUGCAUAGCGUUAUCACGGGCCGGCGUAGAUCUCAGGGCGGCGAUCGUGCUUCCCUCCAGCCGCUUGAGGUCGAUGCAUACAUUCGCGAGAACAAUGUUCCAAGGAAUAAAUUGCUCGAUCAGGGGUAUCGCAGUGUCGGUGACUGGCAUAGCACGCAGCCCAGUCGUGAGGGCGAUACUGGCGAACGUGCUGGGAGAUGGGCAGACAAGGAGGGGAAGACUGAAUGUGGUCUCCAUAAGAACUUUUCUGAGAUGAAAUCGAGGGCAAAGCUCGAGGAGCAACGCAUACCAACAGAAGAAGUAACAACUGCUUCGGAGGUAGCCACUCCUCCUGCGUAAUUAAUUUAAUGGUGUAACGAUGCUGAGAAGUCUUGAAUAUGUAUCGCUGUCCAUUUC